AUGUUUGAAGAGGACAGUGUAUUUUCAGAAGGGUUUGAUGAGGUUAGUUAUACAUCCCAAUUGUCUGAUAUUGAAUGGGAUAGAAUUUGUGAUGAUAUUGUUAUUCCUCCACGUGACUCAAACCCAAUCAAAUUAGUUCUUUCAGCACCAAGCCAUGUGUUUGAUGAAUGUAACGAAACUAAUCAAAAAAUAAUGGAUUUUAAUCUCCAUGAUGAUGUUUUUGAAAUAACUUCAAAUGGAUUUUUCUUAAUCUAA